AUGGACCAGUGCCUCAAUUGUCCAAUAGGUCAAUUUGGCACAUUAGCCAGGAGGAAGCAGAUUAGCCCCUCCUCCUGCAUCCUGGUUGAGCUGGAGGCUUUAAAUAUCACCUCUGUCCAGGUGGCUUACUUUGCCUCAAUAUCCAGGCAGGAAGAGUUUGAAGGAAAUACCAGGAAAGUGAUCCCCCUGUUUUCCAUAACAUACUUUCUAACUAUAACCUUUUCCAUUAUUUCUUGUUUAAGGGUUGACUGUGUAUGAAAUAAAGGGUGGGUUGCAGCCUUUGGAGUGCUGUCUUCCGGGUUAGCUGUGCUGAGCAGCUUUAGAUUGUUGCUGUUCUGUGGGGCACCAUUUGACAUGACUGUAGCAAGUGCACCAUUUCUUAUAUUGGGGGUUGGUGUUGAUGACAUGUUCAUUAUGAUCUCCUGCUGGCAACAGACUAAUCCUGAAAAUAAAGUUGAAAAGCGGAUGGCUGAAACUUAUGCAGAGGCAGCAGUGUCUAUCACAAUCACCACUCUCACUGAUGUUUUAGCCUUCUACAUAGGGAUGAUAGCUUCCUUUCCAUCUGUGGAGUUCUUUUGUCUCUACACAGGAACUGCUUUCAUCUUCUCCUAUAUGUUCAACAUCACAUUCCUAGGAGCUGUCCUUGCUUUAAAUGGUAAAAGGGAAGAAGGCAACAGACACUGGUUAAUUUUCACAAAAGUGAAGGACAUUGUUCAGCCUCAUCGCUCCUAUUUGUACAACAUGUGCUGUGUAGGAGGCUUUUCUGAUAAAUCUUCUGGGGGAGAAGGUGAAUAUCCAAUGAACAAAUUCUUUAGGAAAUAUUAUGGUCCUUUCCUUACAAAGAUCUGGACCAAAGUGUCUGUGGUGUUGCUGUAUGGAGGGUUCCUGGCUACUAGUAUUUAUGGGUGUACUCAGAUGAAGGAAGGUAUAGACCUGCGAAAUCUGGCUAGUGACGAUUCUUAUGUCAUUCGGUACUAUGACUGGGUAGAUGAUUAUUUCUCAGAGUACGGUCCUAGGAUUAUGGUCACUAUCACAGAAAAUGUACCUUAUUGGAAUCUAUCCAUUCGUAAUGACAUUGAGAACUGUAUGAAAUCUUUAGAAAAUAACUCCUACGUGGACAAGAGUCUCUCAGAGUCAUGGCUAAGAAUGUAUGAGAAUGUUGCUAGAAUUGGUUCACUGAGUAUAGAUACGAAGGCGUUUUUCAUGGGUAAUUUAUCUGAACUAUAUAAAUUAUUUCCAGAGUUUGAACUGGACAUUGAUAUUCGCUAUAAGGAAAUUGCAGCCUCACUUUUUUUCAUUCAAACAGUGAACGUUACUACUGCAGUUGACGAGAAAAACCUUUUACACCAAUUAAGAGACCUGGCCAAGGGCUGUAAGAUCCCAUUAAUGGUAUAUCAGCCCUCAUUUAUAUACUAUGAUCAGUAUAUCGUAAUAGUGCCAAACACCAUUCAGAAUACUGGAAUUGCUACUGGAGUUAUGUUGUGUGUUUCCUUGCUGCUUAUUCCCAAUCUGCUCUGCUCCUUGUGGGUAACUUUUGCUACUGCUUCUGUUGUUGUUGGCGUUGCUGGUUUCAUGAUAUACUGGGAUGUCAAUCUUGAUUCCAUAUCUAUGAUUAACCUUGUCAUUUGCAUCGGAUUUUCAGUAGAUUUUUCUGCUCAUAUAUCGUAUGCAUUUGUUUCAAGUGAAAAGUCAACUAUGAAUGAGAAGGCAGUUGAAGCACUGUAUCUUCUUGGCUACCCCGUAAUACAAGGUGCUCUCUCCACUAUAUUAGGAGUAAUUGUGCUGUCUGCAGCACAAGCUUACAUCUUCAGAACAUUUUUUAAGAUUAUGUUUCUCGUUAUCUUGUUUGGAGCUGUUCAUGGUCUUGUUUUUAUUCCAGUAUUUUUAACCUUUUUUGGAAUUUAUGGCAGAUCAUCAAACAAAAGAGUAAAUAUAAAAAAAAUAGAAAAAAACAGCAGCUCUUUUAGUAACAGACAAAAUCCAAUUAAUGUCUCAAACAGCGUCAUGCUGAAGGCCAAGGACCCGUCUCACAAGCAUCUCCUUGUACAGGAGGUGCAUGCAUUCCUAUUGCUGGGAGCAGUGGAAAUGGUUCCUGAGGAGCAGAAGGGCAAGGGCUUCUAUUUCCUAAUACUGAAAGCCAAAGGCAGGCUCAGACCCAUCCUAGACCUGCAAGAACUCAAGAAGUUCAUAAAGAAACUCAAGUUCUGCAUGGUUUCUUUGGCCUUCAUCAUCCCUUCCUUGGAUCCAGGGGACUGGUAUGCAGCCCUGGACUUGAAGGAUGCUUACUUUCAUAUAGCAAUCACUCCAUCCCCAGGCUGGAUUACCCAAUAG